CCGAAAUGAUAUUAGUUUUGUUUAUAUAAAGUUUGUUUUAACUAGCUAGUCAACUGCGACAACAGAAUCGUAGUCUCAUAUUGCCUGGAAUUGUUUCAAAUACAUCACCUAGAUUGAUGAAAUAUGGGAGUCACACUUGUUCUCAUCGAGAUUAUCGCAGCUUUACUGGCUGUAGCUCUGGUGUUGUUAUUAGGACUUUACAAACACAACCUGUCGUAUUGGAGGCGCAAGAAAGUUCUCUAUGUACCAAACCCACAAAUACCUCUGGGAAAUAUCACCAACCUGGUAAAACAGAAAGAAACACUUCCCGAAUUGACGAAGAACACCUAUAACUUCAUAAAAUCGAACAACGCCAAACAUGGCGGUCUCUAUUUUUUCGGAAAACCAGUUUGGAUGCCUGUUGAUAUAGACCUUCUGAACAACGUCCUAAUCAAGGAUUUUUCCCAUUUUGUGAACCAUGGUUUCUAUGUUAAUGGCGAGGAUGAUCCACUAUCCGCCCAUCUUUUCUCUCUCGAAGAUGAUAACUGGAGAAGAAUGAGAGCGGCAUUGUCACACACCUUUACCACAGGAAAGAUCAAAAUGAUGUUUCCCCUGGUAAUAGAGAAUGCGCGCCAUCUAGAGAAGAUAAUAGAAGAAGCAGAGGCUGCAAAACAGGCCAUCGAUAUCAAAGACUACAUCUCUAGGUUCUCCAAUGAUGUAAUCUGCUCAACAGCCUUCGGUUUAGAAGUGAACUCUAUACAAAAUCCAAAUUCGGAUUUGAGAAAAGUAGGGACGAGAUUUUUCGACGAUACCGGAUAUGAAGCUCUUCGAAAUUUGAUUUCCUUCAUCAUUCCAAGAAGACUUUUGCUGAAGAUGAGAUUUAAGUUGAUCAAACCUGAUAUCACGGAAUACUUCAUGAACUUGGUGAAGAAUACCAUCGAUUACCGUGAGAAGAAUAACAUCCAACGGAAAGAUUUCAUACAGCUCUUGAUACAGCUGAAGAAUACUGGUAAAGUUAUGGAUACUGGAGAGGGUGUGAGAGCUGAAACUUCAGCUGAAAAACGAAUGGAUAUGCACCUUACAGUAGAAGAGAUGGCAGCUCAAAUUUUUGUAUUUUAUCUAGCUGGAUUCGAGACUUCUUCAACAACUUCUACGUUCGCAUUGUUGGAACUCGCGUUGCAUCAAGAUGUUCAGGAUAAGGCUAGGGAAGAGGUGAGGAGAGUUCUGAAGAAACAUAACGGGGAAAUGACAUAUGAGGCUUGUAUGGAGAUGAACUACUUGAACCAGGUGAUAAAAGAGACUCUCAGGAAAUACCCACCAUUAGCAAUGGUAACAAGGUUAUGUACCAAAGAUUAUGAAGUACCUGGUAGUGAAGUGGUGAUCGAGAAAGACACUUUAGUUAUGAUACCCAUUGUUGGUGUACAGAAUGAUCCUGACAUCUACCCUGAUCCAGAAAAAUUCGAUCCAGAUAGAUUCAGUGAUGGAAACACUAUUCCCAAUAUAGCCUUCCUGUCUUUUGGAGAAGGACCAAGGAUAUGCAUAGGAAAGAGAUUCGGGAUGAUUCAAACAAAAGUGGCACUAGCAACUGUGAUUAAAAACCAUAGGGUUACAGUUAACACCCAAAAAACCGAGAUACCAAUCAAAUAUGCACCGAAAGCCUUGAUUACAACUGCCAAAGAUGGAGUUUGGUUGAACAUGACCAAAAUUCACUUAUUAAGGAGAUGCGAAGCAAUGAAUCCAGAGACUUCAAUGGAAAAAACAUUUAAUACCAUAAUCCAAGUAUCCUUCUACCUGAUACUCCUAUCAAUCACAAGCAUCAUAAUUCUUUAUAAAUGGAGUUUCCGUUACUGGCGAAGACGAGGCAUACCAAGUGUACCAGAGCCUGUCAUACCUUUCGGGAACAUACUAACAGUGGUCACACAGAAAGAAACACUGUUCGAAAUGACCAAAAGAAUCUACUUGGAGUCUAGGAAAAUGAAGUUAAAACAUUGUGGCAUGUAUCUGUUCGGAAAACCAGUUUGGAUUCCCAUUGAUCUUGAAUUGAUCAGGAAUAUCUUGAUCAGGGACUCAUCUCAAUUCAUGAAUCAUGGAUUGUAUGUGAACGAAAGAGAUGAUCCUCUUACCGCAAAUAUUUUUCUGAUUGAGGACGAGAAAUGGAGAUUGACUAGAGCUGCAAUCACUCAGCUAUUCUCCCCAGUGAAGUUGAAAACGAUGUUUGGACUGAUGUUGAAGAGUCUCAAGGAAAUUGGGCAAAUCUUGAGUGAUACGAUUGAACAAAACAAAUCGAUCGAUAUGAAAGAUUACUCUCAACGAUUCUUCAUGAAUGUGAUAGCCUCAUACACUUUGGGCUUAGAAAUCAACACUUUUAAAAAUCCAGAUUGUGAGUUUAGGCGAUACGGGAAACAAGCUGUUGAACUAGCUCCGUUAGCCUCAAUCAAAUUCCUACUCUCCAUGAUCAUACGAAGGAAAUGGUUGGAAGCUAUCAGGUAUAAACUGAAUCAGAAGGACAUCGAGAAGUUUUUUUUGCAACAAAUAUCAAGAGCAGUUGAUUAUCGUUUGAACCACGGCAUCAAAAGUAAUGAUUUCCUCCAGUUCUUCAUGGAAAUGCAAACUGCAGGUGUACAAAGUGAAUCUGAGGGAGGUAUGAUCCAAUUUACGAUGUCUUUGAAUGAAGUGGCUGGUAACGUUUUCACGUUUUUUGUUGCUGGCUUCGAGAGUUCUUCUUCUACUACAACUUACGCUUUGUUGGAGUUGUCCCUGAACCAGGACAUUCAGGAUAAGGUCAGGAAGGAGGUCAUAGGUGUUUUAGCAGAACACAAAGGAGAAUUGACCUAUGCAGCUGUUGCUGAGAUGGAGUAUUUGGAGCAAGUGGUGAAAGAAACGCUGAGAAAAUAUCCACCUGGCGCAACGCUUCCGAGGAUAUGUACAAAAGACUACAAAACCCCUGACAGCGACCAGAUUAUUGAAAAAGACACUCUGGUGUUCAUUCCAGUCUUGGGAAUACACCAUGAUCCAGAUCUGUAUCCUGAUCCCGAAGUAUUCAACCCAGAUCGAUUUAGUCCCAGAAAUAAGCAGUUUCUUCCGAAUAAUUUGUUUUUGCCUUUCGGUGAAGGACCAAGGAUGUGUAUCGGAAUGCGACUUGGUGUCACACAAGUGAAAACUAUAUUAUCGACUAUUAUCAAAGAUUUCAAAAUAACGUUAGAUCGAGAGAAGACAUCUUAUCCUCCCCAGUAUUCUACCAAAUCGAUGAUGGCGACGCCCACUGAAGGAGUUUGGUUUCAUGUUUCAAGAGUAUGACAGGAACAAAAACCGAAUAAGCUUACUUAUCGUUGUAAUACAAAAAUGAACAAGAAGAUUGUGAUUGUAAUUGGACACU